AUGUCGCUCAGCGCGUCCCUUGAACGUCUCUCCAACUACCGCAUUAAGAACACACGCGCUUCGCGGGAUAUAUUCGACAAGGGUCGGCCUAUAUUAGAACAAAGACUAGACAGUCUGGGCGAUGAGAAAUGGACUUUCCUGGAGCAAUUCGCGCUUGCAGCCAUUGACAUCGGUCGUCUGGACACCGCCGAGCAAUGCCUGAACCUGCUUGCCGUACAGUUUCCAGACUCUCCUCGAGUUCAAUGUCUGGAGGGUAUCCUGGAGGAGACAAGGUCUCCCGCCAACGCGCAACACUUCUAUGAGAAGCUACUGGCGGAAGACGGAACAAAUGGUGCCGCGUGGAAGCGGCUAGUAGCUGUACUGAGAAGGCAAGGACAGAUUGACAAGGCCGUGCGAGAGUUGUCGGAAUACCUGGACACUUUCUACAACGAUGUUGAAGGCUGGUUGGAGCUCGCUGACAUCUACGCAUCAUGCAACCAGUACACAUACUCCCUCCAGUCACUAUCCCACGCGCUACUCCUUGCGCCUCAGAACCCAUUUUACUACUUGAAGGCCGCGGAGACUGCAUACACGGCAGGGGACGUCACACUUGCACUCAAGUACUUCCUCAUGACGGUCGAUAUGACUGAUGAUACCGGUGACAAGCCUGCCAAAGACUCUGUCCCAACCGGCAUCACGCUGCGAGCAUGGUAUGGCGUUGAACUUUGCACGCGCAGGUUACAGGCGGAGAACAAGCUUGCCUCACAAUCGGAGUCCGACACCGCUGCGUCAAACCAUCUACCAGCCUUGCAUAAACUCGCGACCAAGAUGCUUGCAAUGGCGUACGGAUCAAAAGAUGCCGCGACCUCGGUCGAGGCCACACGUAGAUUACUUGCAUAG